UAGCUCAAGCCCUCAAAGAGUUAAAGGCCUAUCAAAACAAUUUGCAGUCAUUGAGCGGUCCUAUCGGUGAAACGAGUCAGUCGUCGGUCACGUCAACAAGAAGUCUGGCGUCAAAAAGACCGCGAAAGAGAGCCGAUGGCACUCGACCUCGAAAACGAUUCAACAGAAAUGAAGUUAAGACCGAAAAUAUGGACGAUAAUGAGACGUCAACUGAUUCACAGAUUGCGGACAAUGAGCUAAAUUCGCCCAAAAGUCCUGAUGAUAUGAGUCCCAAACGUCGGCGCACUUCAACACCAAAACCUUUUGUGAAAUCUCCGAUUCGGACCCGAAAUAGAGGAAUGAAAAUCCCGUUUCAGACGAGAAUUGCUGACUCGGAAGUUAAGAAGAGUCCGAGAGGUCGACCGCCUAUUAAAAAUAAAAGAGAGGCAAUAUCUAAAUUCUUUAACAACACGUCAGAAAUUACAGCAGUUUUUGCAAACGAUUCAUUCGCUUCUAACAAAACAGUCAAUAAUAAAAGCAAUAAAGUUUUGAACGGAAUUAUCGGUGAAAUGAAUAACGAUUUCUCAAAUUCAAGUCAUGAAAGCGAUGUGAAUGUUAGAGCAAAACGCCUGAAAGCUAAUGAUAGCAACGAACAGACCUCACCAUCACUGGCUCGGAGUCGACCGGUCCGUCAAAGUAAGCCAAACAUUCGGUACAAAUCGCCGGAAAUGGAGGUUAAAAUCCCUAAACGAAAACUUAGAGCCGAAAGAAUUGUCGUUAAGAGAGAGCCCAACGAUAACAAUGUUUCGUCAAUAGAGCGCAACAAAGUCUAUGAUUACGAAUCAAUGGAUGACUCCAAUUAUGACACCAUUCCCUUCAAAAGCAGUGACAUUAAAGAUAGAGAUGAAACAAAGGAUAAGAAGACUCGAGAACUGAAUAAAGGCAAUAAGAAGUCAUUUCAAUCCAUUCAUUCGUUGCAAUCAUUUCCGAGACAAAUACCGAAUGGAGUUCCGAAUUCAUCAGUGAUGUCACCGCCAGUGGUGGUCAGCCCGAAGAGAGGGCGACCCAAAGGAGUGAAAAAUAAAGCAACUCUUGAAAAGAUGAGACUCGAAGAAUUGAGAGCAAUGGGUGCCUCGCCUUCCACUCCGUUGGUUAUAUCGCCGCCAGAAUUACUGAUUACUUCGGAUCCAAACAACAAUAAGAUGUUGAAGAAAGCGAAGACCAGUCUUGAGAACCAAUAUAAGGAAGAAAUAAAACAAUUGAAGAAAGAUUUGGAAACAGUUAAGCAAUUGAAUUAUAGACUUCAGAAUGAAGUCAGAAAAUUGAGGUCAGAAUCUCAUGACAGUCAAGAGAUGAGUGCUUUGAAUGAAAGACAUUUGAUGGAGAUCUCGCAAAUCAAAAAGAAGCAAUGGUGUUUUAAUUGCGAAGCAGAAGCAAUAUAUUUUUGCUGUUGGAAUACGAGCUACUGUUCCACUACAUGUCAACAACAGCACUGGCAUUCAGGACAUAAGAAGACCUGUCGCCGAAAUGCGGCCAAACGCUAGACACUAAUCAAUAACUCGUUCACUCAUUUGCACCUAAAUUACAGUAUAUUAUCAUCAAUGAAAGAUCACUUUUAUAAAAAGUAUAAAUUCCU